AGUGGUUUGAGCUGAAGAGAGGGUUUCCCCACAUUCUCUCUCUCUCACAUUUUCUUUGAUUUCCCAAUGGAGAAGGCUUCUCCUAGUUGUGCAUUUUGGGCAACUUUAGGUCUAGUUUUUGUGCUUGUUGGUAGCUUGGUUUGUGAAGCAGAAGGGAGAGCAUUCUUCGUGUUCGGAGACUCUCUCGUCGACAAUGGGAACAAUGACUACUUGCUCACGACCGCCCGAGCCGAUAACUACCCUUACGGCAUUGACUACCCGACUCGCAGACCCACCGGCCGAUUCUCCAAUGGAUUUAACAUACCCGAUCUCAUCAGUCAGGCAAUGGGGUCUCCAUCUACAUUGCCCUAUUUGAGCCCUCAACUCAAUGGAGAAAAUCUUCUUGUUGGGGCCAACUUUGCCUCUGCUGGAAUUGGGAUUCUCAAUGACACUGGAAUUCAGUUUUUGAACAUCAUCAGAAUCUCGCAGCAGUUGCAAUAUUUCCAGCAAUACCAAAGACGAGUGAGUGCUUUAAUUGGCGAAGAAGAAACAACAAGGCUGGUGAAUGAGGCAUUGGUCCUCAUAACGCUCGGAGGCAAUGACUUUGUAAACAACUAUUAUUUGGUCCCGGUGUCUGCUCGUUCUCGCCAGUUCUCUCUCCCCGACUACGUCAUCUAUCUCAUCUCCGAGUAUCGCAAAAUCUUAGCGAGGAUAUACGAGUUGGGAGCUCGGCGGGUGCUGGUGACGGGGACCGGGCCGCUAGGGUGCGUGCCAGCGGAGUUGGCCAUGAGAGGUAGAAACGGCGAGUGCGCGGUGGAGCUGCAGCGAGCUGCGGCCUUGUUCAACCCUCAGCUCGUCCAGCUCAUCAAUGAACUCAACUCUGAAAUUGGCUCUAAUGUCUUCAUUGCUGCCAAUACUCAAAUGAUGCACAUGGACUUCGUCAGUAAUCCUCAAGCCUACGGAUUCGUAACUUCGAAGAUAGCGUGCUGUGGCCAAGGGCCCUUCAAUGGAAUAGGACUGUGCACUCCAGCCUCAAACUUGUGCCCUAACAGAAACCUGUAUGCAUUUUGGGAUCCAUUCCACCCCUCAGAGAGAGCCAACAGACUGAUUGUGAACCAGAUCCUCACAGGCACCACCCAGUACAUGCACCCUAUGAACCUCAGCACCAUUUUGGCUAUGGACUCUAGGACCUGACCAAAAAUCUGCCCACAUAUAUGCCCUCUUCUUUAUAUCAAUUACUUUACUUAAUUACUUAUCCUUGAUUUGAUUUUAUCAAUAUUAUUAUUGGUUCUAAUUAAGUGUUGAGUUGUUACUUUUGUUUUGUCCUCUGUUGAUGUGAUGUAGGUGGUUUUAGUUUAGUUACGUUGAUUAUUGUUUGAUGAGAGAAGAGCUCCUCCAUGAUCUGUAUUUGGAUUGAAAUUAUUCCCUACUCUUCACAAUCCAAUAAAACUAUAUUUUUGUUUAUGUAUCAA